CUUGCUUGUGAAGGUUGUGGAGCAAACCUUUCUUCAGAAAACCAUUUUAAACCUUGGUUUUAGCGGCAUCGAAACAACGGCGUUUGCUCAGCUCCUCUCAUUCGCUAUAUGAAAGCUUCUGAAACAUUUUUGGAGGGAGAUCAUAAUGCUAGUUAACAGAAGUUACAGAACACAUUGCAUAAUCGGCAGGACUUUCUACCUCAACCCAAUUUUCCAGUUCUCUUCUCUAACUGAAUUAGUUUUGGACCGAACCCGAAAACCCGAACCAGUAACCAUUACCAAGCAAGCCUUCACUGCCCAGUUGCAGUCAUGCUCUUCACACCCAAACCAGCUCAACCAAAUCCACGCCCUGAUUCUGACCACCGGAAUUUCCGUCAAGAACAGCCUCCUCACCAGUCUCAUCACCAGCUUCAUAGCCCUGGGCGACAUUUCCUAUGCACGCAAGGUGUUCGACGAAAUGUACAAGCCGCGGGUUUUCUUGUGGAACACAAUUAUCAAAGCGUAUGUGAAAGGUUGUGACUUUCUCGAGGCCGCCGCGGUGUAUAGAGUAAUGCAGCGCGUGGGGGUUCGUCCGGACGAGUUUACGUACACGUUUGUCGUGAAAGCGUGCGCUAAGCUGCAGCGGGGAGGGGCGGCGGUUGCGGCGCAUGCUGUGAAGUAUGGGUUGGAGUUUGUGGCUGAGGUGAGGACUGAGCUGGUGGUAAUGUGUGUGAAGGAUGGGGAGUUGGGUGCCGCGGGGUUUUUGUUUGAAAAUAUGGUUGAGAGAGAUUUAGUUGCUUGGAAUGCUUUUAUUGCGGCUUGUGUGCAGAGUGGACGUGCCGCCGAGGCGCUUGAUUUGUUUCGUAGGAUGCGUGUGGCUGGAGUGAAGCCUGAUGCAGUUACGUUCGUGAGUGCUUUUUCGGCUUGUGGGCAGUUAGGGUGUUUGGAGACUGGGGAAGAAGUAUAUGGCAUAAUGAGGCAAUGUGGAACUGUUUGCAAUGCAAUUGUUGACAAUGCACGGCUUGAUAUGUAUGUCAAAUGUGGUAGCGUAGACACGGCUGAGGCUUUGUUUGAGGGUAUGUCUCAGAGGAAUGUUAUAUCCUGGAGCACUAUGGUGUUAGGGUAUGCCAUAAAUGGGGAGAGCCAGAAGGCAUUGCAUAUGUUUUCGAGGAUGCAAAAGCAAGGUAUUGUGCCCAACCAUGUUACUUAUCUAGGAGUUUUAUCUGCAUGCAGCCAUGCUGGGUUGGUGAAUGAAGGCAAAGCUUAUUUUAGGCGCAUGGUUCAAUCUGGUGACAAGAAUAUUCAACCGCGAAUAGAGCACUAUGCUUGUAUGGUUGAUCUUCUUGGUCGGUCAGGACAUCUUGAGGAGGCGUAUAACUUCAUUAGAACUAUGCCAAUUGAACCAGAUUCUGGGGUGUGGGGAGCUUUAUUGGGCGCGUGUACAAUCCACCAAGCUGUUGAACUGGGUCAGCAUGUAGCUGAUUUGCUUUUUGAAUUGGCACCUGCUUAUGGUUCAUAUCAUGUCUUGAUGUCAAACAUGUAUGCAGCUGCUGGAAGGUGGGAUCGUGUUGAUAAGGUCAGGCUCAAAAUGAGAAAAAGAGGUGCUAAGAAAGUAGCUGCCUAUAGCUCUGUAGAAUUCAAUGGAAAAAUCCGUAUAUUCUAUGGUAAUAACAGAUUCCAUCCAGAAUCAUCAGAAAUAUAUGAAAAGUUGGAGGAUUUAUUAAGACAGGUGAAGAAUAUAGGUUAUGCUCCAAAUGCCACCUCUGUGUUUCAUGAUGUUUCAUAAUCACGUCGUAGGAAUAAAACUG